AUGCUUAUAAUCUAUUACUUUGUUUUGAAAAUUAGUAAUGUGGAUGGCGUCUUCAAAGAUGGUAAUAAUUACACAAUAAUAUCUAAUCCUUUUUCAAAUGUAUACACACUUGAACUUUUUAAUCAAGAUGAAUUCCAUCUAAAUGGAGGUAUAUUUGCUAUGAGAUAAUUCGAUUCUCAAAUUCUUUAAGCUUUGUUAUUUGUAGCCAUAGUGGUGAUGAGCAUUGAUGAAAUGUUAGGUUGA